UGACAUUGUAUUGAAUGUGUAUUAUCAGGGGAAGUUAUCUAUCGGUCACAUCUUCUCACAAUCCGCCACUAACAGCAUAGAGUGUUCAAAUGUGACUUUAAGUUGACUCGGGCGAUGAGUGAAGCAAAUGCACCAUCCGCAGCACAAACCGAUGUUCAAAAUCCUCCGCAGACCGAUCAAAUAGUCCCGACGGCCACCACUGCGAAAAGUGGACAGAACGUGUCUAAACACAAGAGUUCAGAUAUAAAGAAACCGGGGAAAAGAAAGGGCGAAAACGAACUUGUUCAAGUUUCAGAGGAGUUAUUUCAAGACCUUAGCCAGAUGCAAGAAGCGUGGUUAGCUGAAGCCAAUCAUUCUGAUGAAGGCGAACAGUACGUGCCCGGGUACAGCGGAGAAUCUAAAGGGAACAGACCUUCAGAUCCUUAUGCAAAGCCAAAAUGUGAAAAGAUCAUGAACUGCAGCAAGCAAUGCCACCUAAACCAGCAGAAAUCAACGACCAAAUUUGAUUUCCCAGAAAAGCGAUUUAUCGGAAGUCCUUGCCAACCACCCUCCUCACCUAGCAGUUCACACAGUUCUAACACUUCCGGUAAAGACACCCGGCAGUCUCCCAUGACGUGCGAGAAGGACCUCACAGCUCCCCAUACAUCGUAUGCAAUGACGGCGAAUGCAAAUUCCUGUAGCUACCCCAACACAAAUAGCGGUUACUCCAGAUUCCGGAGGUCCCAUUCAGAUUCCGAACAGAAUUUCCUGUCUUCAGAAAGUCACUCCGGUUACCCUCGGUUUGUUUCCUCGCCUUAUGCACAUCCCUUCUUCAAACAAGAUUUCCGAGAGCGAUCGUACGACAUGGGUCAAUUUCCUCGAAACCACAGUUACCAACAGACGCCUUCAGCCCCGUCCCCUCACGUGACCAUUAAACAGGAACCCAAGGAUCAGGGGUUUGAAUCUAGUGUAGAGCGGUUUCCAGCAUGCAGUGGCUUUAGCAGACCAGACAUAACAAGACAUGGAAGUCCUCAAGAAGUGGGAUUCCCCUGUCCCUACCAGAAUGCGAUGAGGUUCUUCUGUCAAGAGGAUCCUUCAUACUUUGACCGUAUCAGAGAGAAACAUCGAGAGAGAUGGGAAGGCAUGGAUAUAAAAGCAGAACUUUACAGAGACUUUUACUUCGACCGCUUCCAAAGAGAAGGUCAACCUCCCACAUACCAGAGAAGGGGAUCCCUUCAGCUAUGGCAGUUUUUAGUUGCCCUCCUUGAUGACCCCGCCAAUUCUGCCUUUAUCGCGUGGACUGGUAGGGGACUUGAAUUCAAGCUUAUCGAACCGGAAGAGGUUGCCAGACGUUGGGGUUUGCAGAAGAAUAGACCUGCUAUGAAUUAUGAUAAACUGAGCAGAUCUCUUCGCUAUUACUAUGAAAAAGGAAUAAUGCAGAAAGUGGCGGGAGAACGUUAUGUUUAUAAAUUCGUGUGUGAUCCAGAAGCACUCUUUACAAUGGCUUUUCCGGAUAAUCAUAGGCCGAUAUUGAAAACAGACUGCUACUCUGAGGAUUUUUACCGAGGUUCCAAUCAAUCAAUUGAUAACCAAACGAUGACAUUCGAACAGACGAAUGCUAGUCACAUGACUCCUAGUCCGUUUACUUCAAAUCAUCACGUACCGAUGCACGGUCUAAACAUGAUUUCUUCGCCAACGUCAUCAAGUUCUAAUAUGCAGAGCAUGGAGCAGCACCGUCUACAGUACAUGCACGGCAUGCAGAGAAUGUAUAACACAGGACCUUAUCUGGAGAAUUGUGUGUACUAACAACGAAAGUACCAUAUAGACCAAUACAUUACAUUUGGACCACGUUUCAUUGUAACAUGGUCAUUUUGCAACUCUUAAACUAUUUGUGAUUUUCUAUCUGCUUACUUGAAUCCAUAAAUUUUCAGACUCUUGAGGAAUAGUUUUGUUCAUGUCUAAUUUAUAGUUACCUUUUAUGAAGAAAUAGUUAAAUUUUGACAUGCCAUUUAUUAUCUAGAAUAUUCUCAGACUUAAUGGAAAUGUAAUUUGUUAUUCUAUCAUCUAUACGAUUUCCAAAUUUGUGGCUCUGUGAUAUUUAAAUGAUUUAAAGAUAUUUUUAUUAUUAAUACCAAUAAAACGUCAUUGUAAAAUAUGUAUCCAAUUUACUCUUCUAACAUUUAUACGCAUUUAGUACAGCAAGCUUAUUGGCAAAAGUGUCCUUGAUAUCAUUUUAGUUUGUUGUUUGGCAAAGAGUUACUUGACAUUAAACCUAGUAUGUGCUUGUUUUGAAUAGCAUUAGAUUAUUAUGUUGUACCAUUCCUUUUUAGUGCUAUGUUUCAUAAAACAGCAAAUCAUUCAUGGUUUUUAAUUAU